AGGCCUGAGGUGCCCGCCCUGGCCCCAGGAGAAUGAACCAGCCGCAGAGGAUGGCGCCUGUGGGCACAGACAAGGAGCUCAGUGACCUCGUGGACUUCAGCAUGACGUUCCCGCUGCCUGUCACCAACCGGAAGGGCCGGUCUGCCUCCCUGGCCGGGGCGCAGUUCGGAGGUUCAGGCAAGAGCAGCGAGCGGGGUGCCUAUGCCUCCUUCCGGAGAGACGCAGGCGUGGGCGGCCUGACUCAGGUUGGCUUCCUGUGGGGCGAGCUGGCCCUCAGCAGCCCCGGGCCCCUGUCCCCUUCGGGCAUGAAGGGGACCUCCCAGUACUACCCCUCCUACUCUGGCAGCUCCCGGCGGAGAGCGGCAGACUGCAGCCUAGACACGCAGCCCAAGAAGGUCCGGAAGGUCCCGCCGGGUCUCCGAUUCCCGGUGUACCCGCCCAGCUCAGGUGAGGACUAUGGCAGGGAUGCCGCCGCCUGCCCAUCCGCCAGGACCCCCAGCAGCGCCUAUCCCGCCCCCUUCUACAUGGCAGAUGGCAGCCUGUACCCCUCAGCCGAGCUCUGGAGUCCCCCGGGCCAGGCAGGCUUCGGGCCCAUGCUGGGUGGGGGCUCAUCCCCCCUGCCCCUCCCGCCCGACAGCGGCCCGGUGGGCAUCAGUGGAAGCAGCAGCACGUUUGCUGGCCUGCACCAGCACGAGCGCAUGCGCUACCAGCUGCACGGAGCAGAGGUGAACAGUGGGCUCCCGGCUGCAUCCUCCUUCUCCUGUCCGGGAGCCACAUACGGUGGCGUCUCCAGCCACACUCCGCCUGUCAGCGGCGCCGACAGCCUCCUGGGCUCCCGAGGGACCACAGCCGGCAGCUCCGGGGAUGCCCUCGGGAAAGCACUGGCCUCGAUCUACUCCCCGGAUCACUCAAGCAAUAACUUCUCGUCCAGCCCUUCCACCCCCGUGGGCUCCCCUCAGGGCCUGGCAGGGACGUCGCAGUGGACUCCAGCAGGAGCCCCCGGUGCCUUAUCGCCCACCUACGACGUGAAUCUCCACGGCCUGCAGAGUAGGAUAGAAGACCACCUGGACGAGGCCAUCCACGUGCUCCGCAGCCACGCCGUGGGCACAGCUGGCGACAUGCACACGCUGCUACCUGGCCACCGGGUGCUGGCCUCGGGUUUCGCCAGCCCCAUGUCGCUGGGCGGGCGGCACGCAGGCCUUGUUGGAGGCAGACAUCCCGAGGAUGGCCUUGCAGGCAGCACCAGCCUCACGCACAACCACGCGGCCCUCCCCAGCCAGCCAGGCGUCCUCCCCGACCUCUCUCGGCCUCCCGACUCUUAUAGUGGGCUAGGGCGAGCAGGUGCCACAGCCGCUGCUGGCGAGAUCAAGCGGGAGGAGGAGGAGGAUGAGGAGAACACGUCGGCGGCUGACCACUCAGAGGAGGAGGAGGAGGAGCUGAAGGCCCCCCCUGCCCGGACCAGCCCAGACGAGGACAAGGACGACUUUCUCCCCCCGGAGCAGAAGGCGGAGCGGGAGAAGGAGCGCCCGACGGCCAAUAACGCCCGGGAGUGGCUGCGGGUCCGUGACAUCAAGGAGGCCUUUAAGGAGCUGGGGCGCAUGUGCCAGCUGCACCUCAACAGCGAGAAGCCCCAGACCAAACUGCUCAUGCUGCACCAGGCCCUCUGGGUCAUCCCGAACUUGGAGCAGCAAGUGCGAGAGUGGAACCCGAAUCCCAAAGCAGCCUGUUUGAAACAGCGAGAAGAGGAAAAGGUGUUGGGCGUGGUCGGAGACCCCCAGAUGGUGUUUUCAGCUGCCCACCCCGGCCUGAGCGAAACCCACAACCCUGCCGGGCACAUGUGAAAGGUAUGCCUCCGUGGGACGAGCCACCCACUCUCAGCCCUGUGCGCUGGGCCCAGAACAGCCACUUGAGACCCCAGGCUUCGUCCACGUCCACACCUCACACACCUGUUGUCAGCAUGGAGCCAACACCAACCUGACGAGGUUCGGAGUGAUGGGGGCGACCAAGGUGACGCUGGGUCCAGGAGCUCCCUGGGACCCUGGCCCACCCCUCCCUGGCCUUGCUCCCC